AUGGGCCGCUACCGCAUCCGCGUGGCUACCGGGGCCUGGCUCUUCUCCGGGUCGCACAACCGCGUGCAGCUUUGGCUGGUCGGGGCGCGCGGGGAGGCGGAGCUGGAGCUGCAGCUGCGGCCGGCGCGGGGAGAGGAGGAGGAGUUUGAUCGUGACGUUGCAGAGGACAUAGGGCUCCUGCAGUUCGUGAGGCUGCGCAAACACCACUGGCUGGUGGACGACGCAUGGUUCUGCGACCGCAUCACGGUGCAGGGCCCUGGAGCCUGCGCGGAGGCGGCCUUCCCGUGCUACCGCUGGGUGCAGGGCGAGGACAUCCUGAGCCUGCCGGAGGGCACCGCCCGCCUGCCAGGAGACAAUGCCUUGGAUGUGUUCCAGAAGCAUCGAGAGAAGGAACUGAAAGACAGACAGCAGAUCUACUGCUGGGCCACCUGGAAGGAAGGGUUGCCCCUGACCAUCGCUGCAGAGCGUAAGGAUGAUCUACCUCCAAAUAUGAGAUUCCAUGAGGAGAAGAGGCUGGACUUUGAAUGGACACUGAAGGCAGGGGCUCUGGAGAUGGCCCUCAAACGUGUUUACACCCUCCUGAGCUCCUGGAACUGCCUAGAAGACUUUGAUCAGAUCUUCUGGGGCCAGAAGAGUGCCCUGGCUGAGAAGGUUCACCAGUGCUGGCAGGAUGAUGAGCUGUUCGGAUACCAGUUCGUCAAUGGUGCCAACCCCAUGCUGUUGAGGCGCUCGACCUCUCUGCCCUCCAGGCUAGCGCUGCCCUCGGGGAUGGAAGAGCUUCGGGCUCAACUGGAGAAAGAACUUCAGAAUGGUUCCCUGUUUGAAGCUGACUUCAUCCUUCUGGAUGGAAUUCCAGCCAACGUGAUCCGAGGAGAGAAGCAGUACCUGGCUGCCCCCCUCGUCAUGCUGAAGAUGGAGCCUAACGGGAAACUGCUGCCCAUGGUCAUCCAGAUUCAGCCUCCCAACCCCAGCUCUCCAGCCCCAACACUGUUCCUGCCCUCGGACCCCCCACUUGCCUGGCUCCUGGCAAAGUCCUGGGUCCGAAAUUCAGAUUUCCAACUGCACCAGCUCCAGUACCACCUGCUGAACACGCAUCUGGUGGCUGAGGUCAUAGCUGUCGCCACCAUGCGGUGCCUCCCAGGACUGCACCCCAUCUUCAAGCUCCUGAUCCCCCAUAUCCGCUACACCAUGGAAAUCAACACCCGGGCCCGGACCCAGCUAAUCUCAGAUGGAGGAAUUUUUGAUAAGGCAGUGAGCACAGGUGGAGGGGGCCAUGUGCAGUUGCUUCGUCGGGCGACGGCUCAGCUGACCUACUGCUCCCUCUGUCCUCCUGACGACCUGGCUGACCGGGGCCUGCUGGGACUCCCAGGUGCUCUCUACGCCCGUGAUGCUUUACGGCUCUGGGAGAUCAUUGCCAGGUAUGUGGAGGGGAUCGUCCACCUCUUCUACCAAAGGGAUGAUGUAGUGAGGGGGGACCCUGAGCUGCAGGCCUGGUGUCGGGAGAUCACGGAGAUGGGGCUGUGCCAGGCCCAGGACCGAGGUUUCCCUGUCUCCUUCCAGUCUCAGAGUCAACUCUGCCAUUUCCUCACCAUGUGCAUCUUCACGUGCACUGCCCAGCAUGCCGCCAUCAACCAGGGCCAGCUGGACUGGUAUGCCUGGGUCCCUAAUGCCCCAUGCACAAUGCGGAUGCCUCCACCCACCACCAAGGAAGACGUGACAAUGGCCACAGUGAUGGGAUCACUACCUGAUGUCCAGCAGGCCUGUCUUCAAAUGGCCAUCUCAUGGCAUCUGGGUCGCCGCCAGCCGGACAUGGUGCCUCUGGGGCAUCACAAAGAAAAAUAUUUCUCAGGCCCCAAGCCCAAAGCGGUGCUAAACCAAUUCCGAACAGAUUUGGAAAACCUAGAAAAGGAGAUUACAGCCCGGAAUGAGCAACUUGACUGGCCCUAUGAAUAUCUGAAGCCCAGCUGCAUAGAGAACAGUGUCACCAUCUGAGCCCUAGAGUGACUCCACCUGCAAGAUUUCACAUCUGCUUUAGGACUGACAUUUCUAUCUUGAAUUUCAUGCUUUACUAGUCUCUGCUGCUAAGGCUCUAUUUCCUCCCCCAGUGAAACUCCCUACAUUAGCAUCCCACUAGCCCAGGGGAGCAGUAAACUUUCUCUGCAAAGACUAGAUCCUUUUAUAUGCUUUGCAGGCCCCAUAGUCACUGUCUGAACUACUCAGCUCUCCUGCUACAGCAUGAAGGCAGCCACAGACAACAUGGAAAUGAGUGUGACUAAGUUCCAAUAAAACUUUAUGGACACAGAUAUGAAUGUUACAUCA